CGUGUUGUCUGCAGACCUGAGAUCAGUCCGACGGACCCUCCGGUGCUGUCGGGCCCAAAGUCACCGUCACGAUGGCAGACGCUCUGGCGAACAUCCCCGUGGUGGAGAUCGACCCAGAAGGAACCUUUAAGUACAUUCUGCUGAGAGUGAAAGUGAAAGGUGGCGAUGCGCACAAAGACAUAGUCCGCGGCACAAAAAGCGCAGAGUAUCACAAUCACAUCUUUGAGAAGGUAAAUCCAGCUAUGGAGGCCUUGGGGAUGGAGUGUAAAUGCCUCGGAGGAGGGAAGAUCGAGCACAACAGCCAAGAGAAAAAACUCAGGGUGUUUGGAGAAUCGACUGCGUUUGGUAAAGCAGACCAUUCUGUGUCUGUGGAGAAGUUGAAGAGUGCCUUCAGCGACUAUGAGAUCACCUGGUCUGACGACAAAAAAUGACCCCGCGUCUCAUUUGAAAUACCUGCCUUCAUUCAUUAGUUCCAAAACAACCCUCGUGUAAAAGUUUUUUGACUGUACCUUUUUCACUCUUAUUCAAAUUCAAUUUUCCUCCAUUAAUAGAAUGAUUCAUCUCUUGUGUUUUGCUUGGUGCCUGAUUGACUCUACCCAAAUAGAAGGCCGCGUGCCAAGCGUAAAGUCCAUACAGGAAAGGGUGAGCCAGUUGGAAUCGCUAGCAUAUCCUGUUUCUCUGAGGGAAAGUUUGGUGUUAAAAAAAAAGGCAGAGAUGGAUAAGAGGGGCUGUUACCGGCUGUCAUGGUUGAAAGCCUGUGUUUGCAAUGAUAAAACUCCGGCCGAGCUCCACAGGGCUUUACAGAUGGAUACAAGAAUAUAAGCUCUAACAAUGGGAGACAAUAACAAAAACAUUGAUUUUAAAAAAAAAAAAAAAGGCGUGUUCCUAUUUUCUUAAUUUCCAGCUCACAUUGGGCAACCUAAUUGCCUCCAUUAUAAUCAUUCAUUUGUGACGUGACAAUCAAUUUCACACACAUUGUAUAAUUUUCCGGUUUGUAUUCAUUUAUUAAGUGGUAGACCAACAUUAGUGGGAUGGUUUUGUGACACGGCUUAAAUCUACAGCUCAAGUUUUGCGAGUCUGCAUGCCAACAUUUACAAAUAAGCAUUAAGUUUUACAGUCAUUUGAUUGCUAUUGUUUCUAAACCAACGUAGCUGGUGAGAGAGUUGACCUGACGACGGCUUUAAAGAGAAGGUUGAAGGAUUUUGAAAUUCCUGAAUCAAAUUUCAUGAAAUCCAACUGUUGUUGAGAAUUUUAAAUGAAAACCACAAGUAAACUUCAUGGUGUUGCCAGAGGAAACCAAAUCAUGGAUUAACCAAAGUCGUUUUUUUGUUUUGGAGAUAUUUUAAAUCUCGGCCUGCUUCGGAAGGAAAAGUCAGGGGAUCACCAAAGGAUAAGCCGCUGUGGAUCAUUAACGCCAAAAUAUUUCUCUCAAUAGUUGUAUUCCAGUCUGUGGUGAAACAAGUUUAUAAUAUGCAAAUUUACAUACAUACAUAUGUACACAGAUAAAAAUGAAUGAAUCGCAUCAUAAAAUGUUUUACUCUUAA